AUGGCUGCAGUGUUACUUCCACUGGCUCCUGAAGAGCCAGAGGGCCUCUUCAGAGUAGACAACAAAAAAGGUCCUGCCAAGGUUCAGGGAUCUGGCCCACAGGAGAGCAGCCCAAACAGCCAGGAGCUAUUCCGCCAGCGCUUCCGACAGUUCUGCUACAAGGAGACUCCUGGACCCCGUGAGGCCUUGAGCCAGCUCUGGGUGUUCUGCUGUGAGUGGUUAAGACCUGAGAUACACAGCAAGGAGCAGAUGUUGGACUUGCUGGUGCUGGAGCAGUUCCUGACCAUCCUGCCCGAGGAGCUGCAGGCCUGGGUGCGAGAGCAGCACCCAGAGAGUGGGGAGGAGGCCGUGGCUGCGCUGGAAGAUCUGGAGAAGGAAUUGGAUGAACCAGACCAGCAGGUUUCAACCCAGACCUGUGCACAGGAAGUGCUUUCUGAGACAUCGGAGCCUCUGGAUCCAGCUAAGGAAGCAACAUCUCUCCAGCCUCAACCCAUGGAGAUCCAGCUUACGGGUGAAUCUCAGGACCCUCAGCACCAACAGGAUUGUGAUGAUGUGAUCGGAAUUGGGAAAGGGGAACUGAUUCAAAAGCAGGAGUUAACUAUAGGUACGGAGUCUCCAAAAAAGUCAUCUGGCCAAGUGAAUGGAAAGGUCCCUGAAUGUGGAGAGACCCAAGAACAGGAAGGAUGGACAAAAAGAGAUCAGAGAAACACUUCAACUGAGAAAAGAUACAAGUGUGAUGAAUGUGGGAGAAGAUUCACUCAAAACUCAAGCCUCAUUAGACAUAAAAGAAUCCACACUGGAGAAAGACCCUAUUCAUGUAAUGUGUGCGGCAAAACUUUCAUCCAGAGCUCACAACUUAUUGACCAUCAGAGAAUACAUAACCGGUUAAAACCCUAUCAGUGUGAUGAGUGUGGAAAAGCCUUUUAUUACAGUUCACACCUUGUUCAGCAUCAGAGGAUCCACACUGGGGAAAAACCUUUCCAAUGCAAUGAGUGUGGGAAAGCUUUUCACUACAGCUCAGGCCUUGUUCGACACCAGAGGACCCACACAGGAGAGAAGCCGUAUCAGUGCAGCGACUGUGGGAAGGCUUUCUGUCUGAGCUCACAUCUGAUUCAGCAUCAGAGAGUCCACACUGGGGAGAAGCCGUACCACUGCAGCGAGUGUGGGAAAAGCUUCAGCCAGAGCUCAGGCCUCUUCCAUCACCAGAGAAUCCACAGUGGGGAGAAACCCUAUGAGUGUGAUGAGUGUGGGAAGGCCUUCAGCCACAGCUCAGCCCUGGUGGGACACCAGCGCAUCCACAGUGGAGAGAGGCCUUAUGAGUGUGACGUAUGCGGGAAAGCUUUCAGUUACAGCUCACAUCUUCUGGGACACCGAAGAAUCCACACUGGAGAGAAGCCCUAUGAGUGUGACGUAUGUGGGAAAGCUUUCCGGCGGAGCUCACACCUCAUUGUACAUCAGCGGAUCCACACUGGAGAGAAGCCCUGGUGA